GUUUUUUUACUGGAAUGAUAAAACCGGUCAAACCAGUUGGAGUAAAUCUCCGCAAUUACUCUUUGCGACAAGAUGAACAUAAAGCAUAAGGAACACAGAAGAUGACUUCCAAAAUGAGUGUUUCUGGAACACAGGACAUAAAGAAAAAUGAGGGGCUCAGAACACACCCACCAGAAGCCAGUGUUUUUUCAAUGAAGAGUGACCAUUCAAUGGGAUUUCCUAUGAACUUCAGAGACAGACACUGUUCUACUGAUCUGAGAAAAGAAAACACAGCUGAGACUUUAAAAAUCACCUGCAAGCAGUUGGAUGUAAUAUUCAAGGAUCUUGAGCACAAAGUCAUCACUCUGUUGAAGAAUGAAUUAAAAAAGUUUAAGAAGCUCCUGAGUCCAGAUUACCCAGCAUGCACUGAGAGGGAGGUGGAGGAAGAGGAGGUUCAUCACAGUGUCAGUGAGGGAGUGCUGAAGAUCACACUGCACGUCCUGGAGAACAUGAACCACACAGAUCUUGCUAACACACUGCACAACAAGUUAGGACUGCUGUCUCUGCAUAAGGACAAACUCAAAAGCAAACUUGUGGAGAAAUGUAAAAGAAUUAAUGAAGGAAUCUCACAGCCUGGAAGCUCAGCACUUCUGAAUGACAUCUACACAGAGCUGUACAUCACAGAGGGAGGAAGUGGAGACAUCAAUAAAGAACAUGAGGUGAGACAGAUUGAGACAGUGUCCAGGAGACCAGGAUCACAGGAGACACCCAUCAAAUGUAAUGACAUCUUUAAAGACAAGUCCAUCAGAACGGUGCUGACUAAAGGAGUAGCUGGAAUUGGAAAAACAGUCUCUGUGCAGAAGUUCAUUCUGGACUGGGCUGAAGGAAAAGGAAAUCAGGACGUCACCUUCAUGUUUCCACUUCCCUUUAGAGAGCUGAAUCUGAUGAAGGAGAAAAACUUUAGUCUGAUGAAACUUCUUCAUAACUUUUUCCCAGAAAUGAAAGAAUUGCGCUUAAUAGACUCUAGUGCUUACAAGGUCGUGUUUAUCUUUGAUGGCCUGGAUGAAUGCAGACUUCCUCUAAAUUUCCAGAAGAAUGAGAGAUUGUGUGAUGUGACAGAUUCAGCCUCAGUGGAUGUUCUGCUGACAAACCUCAUCAAGGGGAAUCUGCUUCCCUCUGCUCUCCUCUGGAUAACCUCUCGACCAGGAGCAGCCAAUCAGAUCCCUCCUGAAUGUGUACACCUGGUAACAGAGGUACGAGGCUUCAGUGAUCCUCAGAAAGAGGAGUACUUCAGGAAGAGGAUCAGUGAUCAGAGACUGACCAAUAAAAUCAUCAAACACAUGAAGUCUUCAAGAAGCCUCUACAUCAUGUGCCACAUACCAGUCUUCUGCUGGAUCUCAACCACUGUUCUAGAGCGAAUGUUGGGUGAAGCAGAGAGUGGAGAAAGCCCCAAGACUCUGACUCAAAUGUUCACACACUUCCUGAUCUUCCAGAUCAAACACAAAGAUCAAAAGUACCAUGAGAAAUGUGACCCUGAUUCUCAGCAGAUCAGAGAGAGUGUCCUGGCACUGGGAAAACUGGCUUUUCACCAGCUGGAGAAAGGGAACCUGAUCUUCUACGAGGAAGACCUGAGAGAGUGUGGCAUUGAUGUCAGAGAAGUGUCAGUGUACUCAGGAGUGUGUACCCAGAUCUUCAGGGAGGAGUUUGGGCUUCACCUGGGAAAAGUGUUCAGCUUUGUACAUCUGAGUGUUCAGGAGUUUCUGGCUGCUUUAUAUGUAUUUCUUUACUUUGUUUUGAAAAACAGAAAUCUUCUAAAGGAUCAAAACACUGGAAUGUUACCCCUCUUGCGAAAGCAACCCAUGUCUGCAUUCUUGAAGAGUGCAGUGGACAAGGCCUUACAGAGUGAGAAUGGACACCUGGACUUGUUCCUCCGUUUCCUUCUGGGUCUCUCACUAGAGUCUAAUCAGAUGCCCUUACGAGACCUACUGCCCCAGACAGGAAGUAGCUCUCACAGCAAAGAGGAAACAGUCAAGUACAUCAAGGAGAAGAUCAAAAAGAAUCCCUUUCCAGAGAAAUCCAUCAAUCUGUUCCAGUGUCUGAAUGAACUGAAUGACUAUUCUCUAGAGCAGGAAGUCCAAAUGUACCUGAACAGAGGAGGUAACAGUCGGCUAACUGGAACCAGACUCUCUCCUACUCAGUGGUCAGCAUUGGUGUUUCUCAUGCUGAACUCAGAACGUGAGCUGGAUGAGUUUGAUUUGAAGAAAUUUGAUCGAUCUGAGGAAUGUCUUCUGAAACUGCUGUUGGUGGUAAAAGCAUCUAAGAAAGCUUUGUUAUUUGGGUGUAAUCUGACAGAGGAAAGCUGUAGAGCUCUGUCCCCAGUCCUUAGCUCAAACUCCUCCAGUCUGAGAGAACUGGACCUGAGUAACAAUAAACUUCAAGAUUCAGGAGUGAAGCUGCUCUCUGCUGGACUGCAGAAUCCACACUGUACACUGGAGAUACUGAGACUGUGUGAGUGUAAUCUGACAGAGGAAAGCUGUAGAGCUCUGUCCUCAGUCCUCAGCGCAAACUCCAAUCUGAAAGAGCUGGACCUGAGUGUCAAUAACCUGCAGGAUUCAGGAGUGAAGCUGCUCUCCAUUGGACUGCAGAAUCCACACUGUACACUGGAGAUACUGAGAUUAUACCAGUGCAAUAUUAAAGGUGAAGGCUGUGCUGCUCUAGCUUCAGCUCUGAAAACAAACUCCUCAUCACACCUGAGGGAACUGAAUAUGAGCAGAAACAAUCCAGGAGAAUCAGGAGUGAAGUUGCUCAGGGAUCUACUGAAGGAUCCACACUGUAAACUGGAGACACUAGAGAUCGAGACAUAAGAUAUCUAGAGACAUGCAGAUAUCUAGAGGUGAUUAUAUGGAUAGGAGGCUUCUUACAGCACACACAUAUAUGAUAUUACAAGCUGUGUGUGUGUGUGUGUGUGUGUGUGUGUGUGUGUGUGUGUAUGAUAACAAAGCUGUAUUGUGCAAUAAAAGUAAGAUGUUUGUGCAAUAAAAGUAAGAUGUUUGUGCAAUAAAACUAAGAUGUUUGUGCAAUAAAACUAAGAUGUUUGAUGUGAGACUGUGUUGCUUUGGCAUCAAGCUUACUUUUUUGGUUAUCCUGAAGCACAAACAUCUUACAUCUAAAGAAACAGUAACAGAUAUGAAACGCUUAAGAAUUAAUUUUCUUUACUUAUAGGUUGUUUCAUAUGUGAUGAAUCAGAGCAUUAGUGAUCGUGCUGUUACAGGAUAAUAAUGAAUGAUGGGGUGAUGUGAUGAACUGGAGUUGCUUUAUUUUUUUUCCAUUUAUAGUUAUAUUUCAUGUUGUGGAACACAGGAGAAACAAGAUAAUUCGGUUAUAGCAAAUAAUUUAAAAAAAAGUUUGUCAUGUUACUGAGAGAACGCAAGAAGUGUUGCAAGAAAACCCCUCUGUCCUGAAGAUUUGGGAAAACUUAUACACUUAGAAACUUAUACUAAUACGCAGUGCUGACACUGGAGACUCCUUCCACACAUGACUCAUAAAUCUGUGAAGUUUCUUUUUUUCCUACUAAAAUUAUUUUAUUUAAUUCUUGCAUGGGUAUUUAUGAGUCCGACUCAGUUUAAUGAAUAUUUAUAUUUAUCUUCUCUGUAUAUAUUUGUGUACAUGUAUUUGUGAGUGUGUGUCAUAAGCCACAUCAUGCUAGAGUUUUAAUUGUAUAUUCAUGUUUUAUAUCACUUAUUUGUUUAUUUGAUUCCUGCAGUUAAUACUCUUUAACCACAGUGCCAUAAAAUCAUAUAACCACAUAGUGCCAUGAAACACCUAUUAUCCUCAUAAGGGAAUAUAAAUGUACUAAAUUAAUCUGUUUGUAAACUGUACCACAUAUUUUCAGGAAAUAAUA